GUCGAUUACGGCAAUAGGAAUAUACGAUGCGGUAGUAUACCUGGUCUUAUUUACUCGCCAUGCUGGUUGAUCGCAGAAAGGCGGCCAUAUUUGGCGCUGCCUUGGUCUUGCGACUGCUGCUUUGGAUUCUGUUCCCCUCGCUGCCAGACUUGUUGACGGGACGAGUAGAGGUGUCUACGCCGGUCAACAGCUUCAAGCGAUUGCAGGAAGGCCUCUUCAUGUACACCCGCAAUGUUUCCCCUUACGACGGCGGCGUGUUCCACCAGGCACCGCUAUUACUUCCCAUCUUCUCCUUAUUGCCGAAUGCCAGAGAAUACCCUUUACCGACAGCCAUCUUCUACUCGCUGGUCGAUCUCGCAAACGCGAACGCAUUGGUCACAAUAUCCGACUCAGGACAGGCUCUUUCGGGAAGAUUGCAUUCAUCGUUGAGAAAGCAUGUCCGGUAUGACGGGGCUGCAGUUGCGGCAUGGUUUCUUUUUAAUCCGUUCACGAUUGCAACCUGUUUGAGCAGGUCGACCAAUGUUUUCACCACUUCCGGUAUCCUCUACGCCAUAUCCAAUGCUGCCAGCGGAAAUAGCGUCAAUGCGAUGCUGGCCUUGGGGUUCGCAUCCUACCUCUCGAUAUACCCGGCGCUUUUGUUUAUCCCGGUUGUCCUUCUGUGCUAUGAUCAACGGGUGCAGAAAAAGAAGGUUUCCACCAAUGCAGCAGUUUUUGCUGUGCAGCACUUUGGCAUUCUUUUAGGAAGCGUCGCGGGACUCCUUGGGAUCUCCUGUCUUGUUGUCGGGGACUUCUGGCAGUUUGUCUCGGCGACAUACGGCUUCCAGCUACUCGUUCCAGAUUUGACUCCCAACGUCGGUCUCUGGUGGUAUUUCUUUAUCGAGAUGUUUGACUCGUUCCGAGAAUUCUUCCUCGGUGUCUUCUGGCUCCAUCUCGCGUGCUAUGUCGGAGGCUUGACCAUACGGUUACGGCGCCAGCCUUUGUUCGUCCUUACUGCGCUCCUGGGUAUCUUUGCGAUUUUCAAGCCUUAUCCCAGCAUAUCGGACGCAUCUCUAUAUUUCGCUUUCCUUCCACUUUACCGGCAUCUCUUUUCUUUGAUGCGCUACACGUUCUUCGCAGUCUCCGCGCUGUUGUACGCGACCCUUUUGGGCCCUGCUUUUUAUCACUUGUGGAUCUACGCCGGUUCCGGGAACGCCAACUUUUUCUACGCCAUCACACUAGUCUGGAGUUUGGGGCUUUCGAUCUUGUUAGCAGACACCGUCUUUGCUGCGCUCCGAGAGGAAUGGGAACAAGAUAACCCGGAACUCCGAGGAAAGGACGUUAGACAGGUCUAACCAAUACAUAUAUCUAAGACCUAAAUAUAUAUAUCAAUCAGUCUCCCACGGAUCAUCAUUGUCCAACAUCUUGGAUAAGAUCAAAUAAUCCGGUUCCUUCACCGUACCAUUCCGCAGCCUUCGCGGCUGUGGGGAGUAUUCAUCGAUUUCAAACCCACAACGUUCGUAAAAGCGCACUGCCUUCGUGUUCGACUUGAAGACAGUCAACAUGGUCUUCUCGAGACCCACGUGCCGUCCGACAUUCUCGCAUGUCAGCAUCAACUGUCUCCCUAGCCCCAUGCCCCGUGCUUCUGGUGACAGGUGAAUCUCAUAGCAAUAGAUGACCUCCUUCCCAUCUUCAUAUGUAACCAUAAAAGAAAGGAAUCCUAAAAUCGCCCCCCCGGCAGGCUCAGAUUCAUCUUUCCCCUCGGAUCUAGACCCCCG